AUGGAACAAGGACGAGAAUCAGCAUUGCUGCAUUCGCAGCCGGAGCUGACGCCAUUGGAGGCAGAAGUCCUGGAGGAGUACGAGAAGCUUGCGGACAACAUGAAGAAGCUCGCUUCCACACUGGAAGAUCUGAGCGGCUCCCCGAGCACCGAAAUCCUCGACGGCCUGCGUGAGCUGGAGCGCAAAACAAGCCUGGUCUUCACGCUCCUUAAGGCGAGCGUGUACAGCAUAGUGCUGCAGCAGGAGAUUGACUGGGGCGACCGGGCGGAAAGCCAGGGCGACGAGCAGGACGAGUAA